CCUGUGAGCGUUGCUCCUUCCAAAUUAAGACAGGCUCCAUGAUGGCUCUUGCUAUUUCGAGACGUAAAUCGCCGACCAAAAUCACCUGGUGCUCGUUCCUUUUUCCAUGCCCAGGUGGUUGAGACGUCACAAAUCACAUUGGGUUUCCGAGUAAAGGAGACGGCUUAGAAAAUAGAUGGUCUAUAAAGGAUGCUGGGUGUCCGUUGUUGUACAUCUAACGUCACAAGACUCAUUUUCUCUUCUCAAGCCUCCGAGAUCGAGAUCAGUUUCUAACUAUCCAUCGCUUUCUAUCAAUAUCCUCAAAACCAAACCUUCAAUAUGAAGUUUCUUCUCGCUAUCCUCUCCCUCCUCCCUUCCGCUUUCGCAGCCGAUACCUGCGUCGCCGAGUCGGGCUGCGCGGGUUGCGGACAAGUCGCCAGCGCCAGUUUCGUCCAGAGCGGCAACGGGCAGGUAGCGAAUGCUCCAGGCUGGGCCACAAUGACUGUGUCAGACUCAACUAUUGCGCUGGAGAACCUUUCUGGCAGCACUCUGACGGUAUGCGUCUACGGCGUCGUCUGCUAUUAUAUCAGCCCGAAGAGCGAGUGUACGGUCGGAGAGCCGAGCAACUUCAACACGCAGCUUGGCCUGCAGGUCUGGCAGCACCCUUAGGCGCAGAUGAGGGAGAGAGUUGGAGCAGCGCCGAGGCGAAGUCAUUCUUGGGUGAGAUUGCAAGGGCAAGUGGGAACUUAUGCUUGCACAGGGGAUUGCAGACGUGAAGGAGGCGGUUGUAGUUCAAGAGAACCUGGUUCGUCGGAGAAUGGCAUACAUCUCGAGUGCAUGGCUAUAUGUAUCAAGAAGGGUUGAGCAGUGGAGGUUUGAUAUAAGAGCCUGCAACUGUUUGGAAACUUGUCAAUCCGUGGCCCAGAACCAAGCGUGCUUAUCUUCUGACCAAAUGGGAUGCCCUGCUUAUUGAGAUUCUCAUAUCAUGCUAAUUUAGCCCGUGGAGUACAAAGCUAUCAUCCGAUAGCUGCCAUACUCUUGGGCUUAUGGAGUCUAUUCACAAAA